UCCAGGCUACAGUUAAGUGGCUUGAAGCCUGCAGAGACUACACGGGCUUGUAGUAUAAAGGCAGAGCAAUAGGAAGAGAGACGGUACCCAUGUGACAUGUGAACGGAAAAGCUAAAGACAAAGGUAGAAAUAUCUACUAUAAGAAGUGAAGCGUCUGGCGGCGUGCAGAGGAGACACAGAGGAUGCUCCAAAUCAAAUCCAUGAAGGCAUUUUUUUUUCUCGUCUGGAAAUUCACGGCUUCAUAUAAAUGAUUCAUGAGAGCCUGUUUCUAUUUGUAAGGGAGUAAUUGCGCUCGCAGUGAGUUUUCAUUUCAGCUGAAGCCGGUCACCAGCCAAUCUGCAGAGAGACGGUAGAAAAAAAGCUGGGAUGAGACCCUGGAGAAAAUUAUAAAGUCAAUUAAUUUGGGAGUUGAUAAGCGUUCCUUUUAACCUGCACUGGACCUCAUCUGUCAAAGGGAUCAACUGUUGCUGCAGCCGGAGCGAGCUCAGAGACAUUCUCCAAGUGUGUCUGGCUUUCAUAAUGGAUGUUUGACCGUCACUUGGUCCUGCAUGCAGCCACACAGCCGGUGUUGUGCAAUUAACAUGGAAGAGAGACUGAUACUGUUGUUGAUGCCUCGGAUACACCUUCAUCUGUCCUGAUGUGAUGCCACAUUGUUGCACCAAGGAGAAUGAUAAUAUCCCACACCGCUGCCGGCUUUUACAUGUUGGUUGAUCAUCUCUGUGUGUGAAACAAUACAGUUUGUUCUUUUUUCUUUUGUACAAGGGCACAGUUUGGGCAUUUUAACUCACUGGCAGACGUCAAAAUUGACAAGCUUUUUGUUAUAGUGACCUUGCCCGGUUUUGACAUCUAUUCAGCGGGAGAUCAUCAUGCUGAUGAUGAUGGAGAACAGCGGCAUGGAUGCGCAUCAGGUUGAUAUCGAUUCGGAAUUUGAGCCUCACAGCCGGUCGCGGUCGUGCACCUGGCCGCUGCCGUGUCCGGAGGAUUUCCCCGGGGGAGAAGAGGCGAGCCGAGGUCUGGCCCUGGCAUCGGUCAAAGUGGAGCAGUACAACGUGCCCGCAUGCCGGGCCGAGAGAAAGGGCGGCGCACCGGCGGAGAUCAAGCACCCAGCCGGCGCCCCGGCCCCGGUCGUGGCCGCUCCUGCCUGCAUGUCCGGGGCUGCGCUCGACGUGGCCGGCCAGCUGCGCAAAGCCAAGUCCUCCCGGCGGAACGCGUGGGGAAACCUGUCAUAUGCAGACCUCAUCACCCGUGCCAUCGAGAGCACCCCGGAGAAGAGACUCACCCUGUCCCAAAUUUAUGACUGGAUGGUUCGCUUUGUUCCUUAUUUCAAGGAUAAAGGCGACAGCAACAGUUCAGCCGGAUGGAAGAAUUCGAUCAGGCACAAUCUGUCCCUGCACAGUCGCUUCAUCCGUGUGCAAAACGAAGGGACGGGGAAGAGUUCCUGGUGGAUGCUGAACCCAGAAGGAGGGAAGAUGGGCAAGGGACCCAGACGACGUGCAGCCUCUAUAGACAACGGCACCCGCUUUCUGAAGACCAAGGGUCGCAUUAGCAGGAAGAGAGCGGGGGCCAUAGGCCUUGGUCGGGGACAAGGUCAGGGACCUGGACCUGCAAUGCAGGGCUCUCCAGAGCAUGGCAGUCCAGCUGGGAAAGGAGGUGUUGGCAUGGGGGGUGAGGAGUACGACACCUGGACAGAUCUCCAUUCUCGCACCUCCUCCUCUGCCUCCACCCUGAGUGGCUGUCUGUCCCCGAUCCUGGCUGAGGCAGAGGCUGAUGAACCAGAGGAGGGGGGGCUGUCCUGUUCAGCCUCACCACGACUGUACCCCAGCCCCACCAGCACCCGCUCCCCGGCCCUGGGCACUGGAGGCCACUGCCCCACUGUGGAGCUGCCACAGCUGACUGAUCUGACUGGGGCUAUCAGUCUAGACGAGAGCGGCUAUCCCCAGCCACCGCAAAUCAAAUGCAACGGAUAUCCCUACGUGCCUGGGCCCAAGGCAGAGGGCUCCUACUGCGGGCCUAUGUAUGGGCAACCCUCUAUGGGUAUGCUCCGGCACCACACUCCCAUGGAGACCAUCCAGGAAAACAAGCCAACCAGCUUCCAGCGCCCAAUGAGGGGCUACUCAGAGACCAAUGCUCUGCAGAGUCUUCUUACUGGAGGUCCUCCGUAUUGCAACAAAGACACAGUGCUGGGCCAGGGACGGGAAACACACACACUAAUGACACAGGGAACCAAUGGCAUUCACAACCAGCACAGCCACAAUCAGAAUCGAAGCCACAAUCAUAACCACAGUCACAGCCAGGAUCACGCACACAAUGCCAGUCUACACAAUGGCCACGGCUCAGUCCAUGACCAGAACACAACCCACCAUCAGAACCACAAUCAGGGUCACAAACACCAAGCCAGCCUCGACUACAGCCACAGCCACAAACCCCACCCCGCCCAUGACUACGGUCCGAGUCAGGAGCACGGUCACAGUAACAAAGUAAACCCCAGCCAUGACCACAACCCUCGCUCUAGCCAGAGCCACAUGCACAACCACAACCCCCACAACCCUCAUAACCCUAUGCACAGUGGGCCUCACCCCCAGGCCCUCUCCCCACGGGUGAGCACUGACAUACUGCAGCCCUACAGCCUCAAGACCUCUAACCACUACGGGCCCCGUCCUCACCUCCCCACAUCGCCAUCCCUGCCACCUAACCCUGCUGGUGUCAUGGACGUUCCCCAGGACCCUUGCCGCCUGGCGUCUGCACCUCACCCCCGUCACCAGCCUUACCCCGGAGCUCACCAUCAGGGUAUGACCGACUCCUGGCACGGCUACUACCACAACAACCACCAGUCGGGGAACACUGGUUACCAGGGGCAACAGCACAACUCCCAUAGUAGAAUGGCUGCUAACUUGGAGAUGGAGAACGUCCCCAACAGCCUGGACUGUGAUGUAGAUUCCAUCCUGCUCAAUGACUUUAUGGACACAGAGAGCAUGGACUUUAACUUUGACGGCUCUCUGUCCCAAGGCGUGGGCAUGGGGAUGGGCAUGAGCUUAGGGGCGUUUGCUUGCCCUCCACCGGCGCACAGCAACCAGAGCUGGGUGCCAGGGUGAACCCAGGCCCAAGGGCUUGCAUAAACACAUGACUGGAACGCUCACCCAGUGGGCCAGGCUGCUGGUGGGCUGUACCCUUGGACUGACUGACUGUGAUUCUGUUUCUCUGAGACUGUAGAACAAAAUACGUAUUGUCAUUUUGUUUCCUGGGGACUCCCUACACACCCACAUCCUACUCUUCCUCUCUUUCUCCCCCCUUUUUAUAAAGCCUUCUGUCUCCAUAUUGAACCUGCCCCCAAUGAGCCCAUCGCUAAAGCCCCCACUGUUCAUGCCCUUCAGUUAUUUUUUUUGUUUUUUUUUAUGCUCUCCUCCCAAUGUCGUCCUGCCUGUCCCAAGCUCUCAAGCACUUUACAUCCAUCCUUUCAUUCAGAUGCAGUAACACAAAGACCAGGCAAAGUCACGUUGUUUGUUGGCUUAAGUUUAAUGUAUGCAAUCCACUUUACAGUAUUAUCUCCUCCUACAAAGGAGGUGUUGUUUUUGACUUGAGAACAUGAUCAAACAGCUGCAUAAAUAGGUUUCAAUGUAGAGGUGUUCUCAGAUUGGGGGUUAUAAGGCAGGGGAGGCUUUGAGGUUUAAGGAUGAAGAAAAAAGGAGGUUUUUUUAGAAGAAGUGGGAAUAAGAACUAAAGGGAUGGAGGGAUAGAAAGGAAGGAAACUCCAGGGUCAGUGUGACUUCUCCUCUCUCGGUGGACAGCGGUGUUUCCUGUUCUGCUCAGUGCAGCAGGACAGUCAUCCAUCAGGCAACCAUCAGCACCACUCCAUUGAAAUGCAACGUCCCUUCUUUAAUCUCCAAAGUAAUGCCAGAGUGAUGCAUCACUAUUGCAAAUCUAAUGUGCCACUCUGUGUUUUUUCAACCCCCCCCUCUCCCUCUUCAACUCCGGACACACCGGCUUAAUGUGUUUUGGCGAAAGUGAUGAUUAAAGUCACUCUGCACUAA